AUGGUCCGUCGAGGAUUGAGUACGGAGGAUGGAGAACUACGUGUGCGGCUUGUUGACGGGGCUUCAUCAAAUGAAGGGCGAGUCGAGGUGAACUACCAAGGAUCAUGGUGUACAAUAUGUGAUGACUCGUGGGAUAUCAAAGACGCUACCGUUGUUUGUCGAAUGCUAGGUUAUCCUGGAGUCUCUUCUGCAUUAGUGCGCUUCGGGGAAGGCACUGGUAAUACCACCCUGGGCAACGUCGAAUGUGACGGAUCAGAAACGCACAUUGCACAUUGCAAUAAUGGCGGUUAUGAGAUCCAUAACUGCCCGCAUUCUGAAGACGUUGGUGUUAUAUGCAGCGGAGAAGUUGAACUCAAGGUUCGCCUCGUAGGCGGUCCGGAUGAGAGCGAAGGUCGUGUUGAGUUGUUCUACUUCGGAUCAUGGGGUACAGUCUGCAGCUAUGACUGGACCUCAUAUGACUCGGAAGUGGUCUGCCGAAUGUUAGGAUUCAUCGGGGCUAUAGCACAUUCAGCCGAGUUAUCAUACGGAAAUGGAACAGGGGAUGUUAUACUACGUCAGCCAAGAUGCUCUGGAAAAGAAUCGAGUCUUGUUGAGUGUGAUCCAUGGUAUAAUCUGGGUAACACUGAUUGUAGACAUACAUCCGAUUUCGGAGUUUCGUGCUUAAAAGUGGAUGAUCUCCAGGUUCGAUUGGUCAGUGGAAGAUCUGACAAAGAAGGCCGUGUUGAGAUUCUAUACCUUGGUACUUGGGGGACAGUGUGUGAUGACAACUGGGAUAUAAAAGACGCCAACGUAGUUUGCAGAAUGCUCGGCUACGAACGAGCGGAGAACUUCUCUUGUUGCGCUGCCUUUGGACUAGGUUCUGGACCUAUUGUCCUGGAUGAAGUGGAAUGCGAGGUCAUGCCUAUUGUAUAUCCAUUAUUUGAUUUAACAGAAGUGGACCAGGAAGGCAGUAAAACUGGUCAAUCCCAGGCUGCCAUACAUGGUUUGAUUGGAUUCCUCUCCGUUGCAGUUAUUGGUUUCAUUUUGGCUUGUAUCAUCAUGACAGUAUUCAUGAUGAAGUACAGGAGAUCAGCAAAUGAGGCUCGUAGUCAGCAGCAAGAAAGGUACCCUCGAACAGGCGAUCAGAACUGUUACAACGGAUCACAACCCCGUGAGGAAGAAUGCUUGCAACUUAACGUUGUCCCUGCAAAGCUACCAGAGGGAUCAUGGGAUCAGGAUGAAGUAUACGACACGCCACGACAUGCCGACGAUGAAGAUGUUUACGAAAAUAUUCAGAUCUAAGAAUUAAAACAAAAUCUUGUAAUAAAUCUACUAUUGCUCUUCUGUCCUCCCUUUACCUCUCCCCUGUCCAUAUCUCUACUCUUAUCCACUCUUUCUACCUUUCUACCCGUCUGCUUUUCAUGUUUACUUCCUUUUUCUGUCUUUUACUUAUCUUUCUCUCUUCUAAAAAUAGAUAUAAUUUUUGAACAAGAACGUAAUUCUUUGAUCAUGUUAAUCGUUCCAUUUAUUUUUAAUUUGCUUUGUAAUUCACUUUUUAUGUUUAUUUAUCUGAACCUGCAAGAUUUAACUUCAGUUUAAUGCAUUAUAUCUCUGAUUUAUUGAAUUUUUUUAAUGUUCAAUUUGAACAAGUCAUGUUAAAUGAUUGUUUACAAUUGUUUCAUUUACUUUGUACGUAAUUCUGCAAUUCCGCAAUUCUCGCAGAGAAUUAUUGAAUUUGGAGCAUGUGUGAUUAUUACUCUAGAUUAUUUUAAUUUAAUCUAAAUGAUGGUGCGCGUUUUUUUUUAAUACCAUGUUUGCUUGUGCGUUCUCUUAUAUUAAAAAAUAUAUAUCUUGAGUUUUUUUUUAUUACAGGUUGCAUGAGAGCUCAGUAUAAAUGCGUUCAAAAGAACAUAUAUUCAUGAUUUUCUCUAGAAACGUCCUUUCGUUAAAGAUUGUAAAAGAUUAUGAAAGCUUAUUUUAAAAAGGUAGUACUUCAUACUUCGUUUCCCAGUUACUGUAGAUACGUCUUGUCGUUAAAGAUUGUAAACGAAAGAAAAUGAAAUAUAGGUGGUAUACUUUAUGAUGAAACUUGUUUAUACAGCAGCUGUACAUGUACAAAUGCUUUUUGAAAUGGUGAGAAAACAUGGACCUUCGGUAAGAAUGUACACAUUCAAUCACAAAGCAUAACCGCCAUAGGUAAGGCAUACUUUGUAUUCCUUCUAUUUAGCUCAUACUGUAACCAUUAGAAACAUCUUGAUUCUUUGUUUAAAAGUAAUCAUAAUGAUUUGUAAUUUAAAUGCAUAUUCAUGAUUCAAUGUUAUUUCAUAAUAUUUCACUGGUAUUUAACAUUACAUCUAAAAGCUAAAUCAUUGGGUUUGACCGAUACACACAUAUCUAUAUUUGUAUCUAUCUAUCUUUAUAAUUAUAUAUAUAUAUAUAUAUAUAUAUAUAUACAAUGUGGAAGGAAAUGAGAGCAAAAUGGUUGAGUAGCUUAAAUCAAAGUUCAUAUUGCUGUUUAAACUUCUGUCAUACAAUUGACAACUUAUUCAAACCCCUUGCAAAUUUGACGGGUCCCUUCCCCCUUUUUUCUUACAUGUAACUGACGAAUGAAAGGUGGAUUGGUUGAAUGACAGUCUUUGUCGAAUGCUUUCAGAUGUAAGCUUUGAUAUGUCACAUUCUCACGAAACACAAACCGCGACGAAUCAAUCUUUCACAUACUUAACAAAAUACAAAACUUUGUAAGGGUACGAAUGCUAGAGUUGUUGACUGUAUGGGUAUAUUCAUAUAUUAUAUACUCUGACAUAUGUAUUUCUUGAUUUUAAUAUGCACAAUCUACUCAGAGACUAAUUGAAGGUUGGCAUAAUUAUAUAUAUGAUUAGUACUCAAGAUUAAUUUAAUUAACCGAAAAGGAUUACCGCUUUUGCUUAUGCGUUCUAUAUUCUUAAAUAAAAGCUUUCAAGAUUUAUGCAUUUAAGGUCCAUUAUAAGACCUCAGUAUACAGUAUAUGUUUAAAAUGGAGGAUAUAAACAAAGAUUUCCAUACGUCUGAGGGUGAAAGAACCAUGUAAUAACUUCUCAUAUGAGAGUCAAGAGCUGUUUGCAAUAUGCCAAUGAGUUCCGACUGGUUCUCAUUAUCAGUAAUAAGAAGAUGGAAAUAUUGAAACAUGACCUGGAUCUGCACAUUACAAAUUUCCUCUUUUUCAGAUAAAGUUCAUUGCAUUUUGUAGGUACUCUGCACUUCAAAAUGUUGUUACAAGAAUAAUAAAUAUGUAAGGAAAUCAAGAAAGCAUUCUUCCAAGGCUACAUAAUUUUCUCUUUCUAAAAAAUAUUCUUCCUCUGUAUUCAUGGCAAGAUAAAGAGCCGUGCAUACUUAAAGUUUUUUUUUCAACUGCUGGUGCAAGUUAUGAUAACCGUGUGGGUACUGGUAUUAGUCACAAAUCAUUUAUGUUUUUGUAUGAAUUGCUUGGUUUUAUGAGCUGUGAUAAAAAAUAAAAAAUAAAACAA